AUGGCGCACGAGCGGGGCGCCGCAGCAUCCACCCACGCCGCAGCUCCAACCUCCGAGGAAGACGCGCUGUUUAUUGAUUUACUACAUGAAGCACCCCUGUCGGGUCACCGGGAACCUAGAAGCAUAGUCGGUGGGACCUUGUACUGUAUCUUAUUGGUAGGUUUUGCUGCUGUUGCCAUUUCAGCUCCAUGGAUAUUUCUCUUCGCGCCAGAUAUGAUCUCUCCAUUGCUAUGCAGCUCCAAUGCUAUCCUUCUCGUUCUUACAGGAAUUUUUCAACAAUAUUGGGUUCACCAGGUCAGGAAAGUAAGAUUGCAGGGUUAUUACGAUUUUAGCCAGAAACUGAAGUGUAUUGCUCGACUUCCAUUUGCUACUAUUGCUUGUGGGACUGCUUUGAUGCUCUUAAUCAUGGUCUGGCAACCUCUUUUACAAAUACUAUCAGUUUCACUGCUUCUAAGGAUUGCCAUCGUAGUUGAAGUCACGUGUGCUGGAUGUUUUAUGGGCUUAUACAUAUGGCACAUCCACAAAUACAACUCAUUGGAUGGGCAGCCUGAUAUUUUGCGGUCAUUAUAUUCUGCACUCCAGCCAUCUAGUACUUUGGAAGAUCGAAGAUAUCAUGAUGCCCGUCUUUCUGAUCAGCAGAUGGCGUUACUUCAGUACCAAAGGGAGAAUAUUCAUUAUCUGAGUGAGGAGGUCCUCCGCUUGCAAGAAUGCUUAAGCAAAUACCAGAGAACUGCUGGAACCACUCCUCAGGUUGAUCUUGCCCAUCUUUUAGCAACUCGUGAUCAAGAACUUCGAGCACUCACUGCUGAGAUGGAUCAAGUGCACUCUGAACUUCAACUUGCCCGUGGUUUGAUCGAUGAAAAGGACUCAGAGAUCCAGCGUAUCCGUCUGAGCAACAACCAGUAUGUUGAAGAAAAUGAUAGGCUCAGAGCUAUUCUCGGUGAAUGGAGUGCUCGAGCCGCAAAGCUUGAACGUGCGCUGGAGGCAGAGCGGGUGUCAAACAUCGAAUUGCGGAAAAACAUUGCAAAGUUUAGAGGUCAUUUGUACAAAGAGCAGGAAGCCUGA